AUGAAGAAACUUAUGUCAAUACUGUGGUACGUGGACGUGAGUUCUGAGUGGGGCCUGAGUAUGUCGCCACCGGGAAGUAUGCAGAAGAGUGAUGUUUUUGCUUACGGUAACAUGCUUCUCGAGCUUGUCACCGGGCAGAAGGCUUCCAGCCUCGAUCAGCUUAAGAAUGAAGAUGGUGUCAUGUUGGACAGCCGGGUCAAUGGAUUAGUGGACAAUGGCGAUUUGGAAAGAGUGAUGGAUCCGAAUUUGCAGGGACAUUACGAAAGAGAAGAAACCGAGCAACUAGUUCGGGUGGCACUACUCUGCUUGGACAUUAACCCAGCAGUGCGGCCAAAGAUCUCUGAAGUGGUUAAAACGCUCGAAGGCGAAACAACCUUGGUGGCCACACCGCAGAGGAUCUGGACCGAUUGGGUGCCGGCUCAACUCCUUAUUACUCCUUCCCUCCUUCUCCAGCUGAACCAGAUCAGUCUUGUCUUGAUGAUGCCAUUCAUGAGACUAAUUGCAUGA